GCGCAAGUAGGCAGUAGGCUCCUGCGCUUCAGUGCGAGAGGACGGCGCGCGCGCAUUUCGAUGUAAAUAAAUCUAGGUCGCGCUCAUGUGAUAGUUCACAUUUCUCCUGCUUAUGAGAAAAAGUGUUCAGUGACCGCACAGUUAUUAAUCGUAACGGUUUUCACAUACAAUCUACAAUUCUCUCGAUACGCAUGUGUUAUUAUAGAAAUCUCGAGUGCCAAAAAGUGGCGGAUUUAUCUAUGUGGGCUAUGUGAUAUCCAAGUGUGUUACCGUAUUUGAGGCUUUUGUAAUCGUCCAAGCGGAUAUAGUCCGCAGACGUUUCUAAGAAGUGUUGAUUUGAUUUUGUGAAUGAGUCAGCUAACAGGCGUCGGGAUUGUUAGCUUCGUCAACGUGCUGCCCACGAUCUCAGAAGGCGUGACAAUGAGAGAAAAAAGGGGAGGUGCUAUGAGCAAAAUGCAAAAGCUCAGAAAGCGCCUAUCCCUUAGCUUCGGUAGAUUAUCAACAAAAGACGAGUCAGAAACGGACGGGGAGUGCCGGGGUAGACAGAACGGGGGAGGUGGCGCGCGCGGCAAGCUCCCUUACAACGGCUACUCUGAAGAGUGCCUCGACCGACUGGAGCCGAAUGGCAACAUCCCUAACGAUAAAGACUCCCACUAUGAAUGGAGUGGGGGAGGUGGCAACGGCGAGUACCGUGUUCGGAGACAGCUGUCAGUAUCUUCAGACUCAAAACUACUAGACGAGGGAGCGAGGGAAGACGCGAGGGUCGUGAUGAGGCCCAAGCGGCCGCCCAGGCCCAAGUCAGAGGCGUUUCUAGGCCCACACGACCACUCCAGCAGACGAACGAAACGGUUUAGUGCCUUUGGGGGCGACUCCCCGUUCGGGAAGUCGGAGGCGUACAUUAAACUGGAGCAGCUCGGUGAGGGCUCCUACGCUACAGUUUAUAAAGGGUAUAGCAAUUUAACGCAGCAAGUGGUAGCAUUAAAAGAAAUCAGACUGCAAGAGGAGGAAGGCGCGCCCUUCACGGCGAUACGAGAAGCGUCGCUGCUCAAAGAGCUGAAGCACGCGAACAUAGUCACGUUACACGACAUUGUACAUACGAGGGAAACGCUCACGUUCGUGUUCGAAUUUGUGGACACGGAUCUAUCACAGUACAUGGAAAGGCACCCGGGUGGGCUAAACCGACAUAAUGUAAGACUGUACAUGUUUCAACUUCUCCGAGGCCUCGCCUACUGUCAUCGGAGAAGAGUUUUACACAGGGACGUAAAACCACAGAAUUUAUUAAUAAGCUCGCACGGUGAACUGAAACUAGCAGACUUCGGGCUCGCCCGCGCGAAGUCUGUUCCUAGCCACACCUACUCGCACGAGGUCGUCACGUUAUGGUACAGGCCGCCAGAUGUCCUCCUAGGCAGCACGGAGUACUCCACGUCGCUGGACAUGUGGGGCGUGGGCUGCAUAUUCGUGGAGAUGCUCUGCGGGGUGCCCACCUUCCCCGGCGUGCGGGACACCAAUGACCAGCUAGACAAAAUAUUUAAGGUGGUGGGAACGCCGACGGAGGAGAGUUGGAUCGGCGUGUCGCGGCUGCCGGGGCUGCGGGCGCACGUGGCGCGCUGGGGCGCGUGCCCCGCGCGGCCGCUGGCGGCGGCCUUCCCGCGGCUGCGCGACGCGGGCCGCGACGCGCAGCGCCUGGCCGCGUCGCUGCUGCAGCCGGACCCGUCGCGUCGCCUGUCUGCGCCGCGCGCGCUCAUGCACGAGUACUUCGCCUGUCUGCCAUCCCGCCUUUCGCACCUGCCUGAUGAGGUGUCGAUCUUCACAGUGGAAGGCGUGAGUCUACACCCGGAAGACUAGGCGCCGUGAGUCUGUUACUUUGUUCCUCCGCUGCGGUGCGUUCGUUAGUUAGUACCUUUCAAUUCCUAUAGUUGUAUUGUAAACGGUCGGACCGGGCCGGUUUGACGGACCAACGUCUCCCCCCUUAGCUAAACACUCGAACGAGCAUCGCCGAGUGAGGGCCCGCACUGUUUAACUCGAUACCGCUCUGGUGCUGCUCAGAGCUCAUUUAAAUGAGUGCUUUAUGUUGUGUGCUCUAGGCACGUAAUACAUCAAUGCAAGUUUAUGACGUAAGCUUGCUUGCUGCCUUUUGUUGCUGGCAUUCUAUCACUAUUGAAAUGCAUUUAUACCCUGCCACAAGGUGCCUCCCGUCUAAGUUGUUCGCAUAGGCACAAGCCAAAUAUAUUAUCUUUUUCGACUGAAAAUUAUACUGACGACAUCAUUAAGCGUCGGCCGCAUCAGAUGUGCCAUAGAAUUGCGGAUGGCAGCAUCAGCGCGCGCUGCAACUUUUUGGACUUAUGAGGUGUAUUUGGCUCGUAUCCAUGACGUACGCCCUUUUUUGUACGCGUACUGUAAUAUGAAACAUAAUAAUAUAUGCGAUCAGUAAUUAGGGUAUCUUGUUUGUUUGAAUUCUUUAGCGCACAUAAAAAUAGAAUGUACAUAGACUUAGUACGUACCUAGAGGUAUUCUUUUCCAGUUAACCUUUGAUAGUAUUUUUUGUAGCUUGUCGUUGAUAAAUGUAUCUAAAGUAGACGACUUAAAGUCCAUAUUUGAAUACCAAGCUCUGAAGCGUGGCGUAGCGGUGCGGGUGUACGGAACAGUGCAGACCUUCAAUCUUUCUCCAUCCGUCGAUCGCUUCGACUCUAAUACGUUAGCGCUUGUUAAGCUUCUAAUAUUAUCCAUCCAUAUAAUUCAAUUAUUCUAUGGUGACAAGGUAUACUGAUUAGGUAUCGAUGUGUACCAUUAAUUUGUAUAAAUAUAUAUUUUAAACAGAGCAGUGUGCCAUGUAUAUCUAUAACUGAGAGUAUGAGUUAUUUUAAAUGAAGAUUUUUACGCUGGAAUAUAUGCUCAUAAUUUUGGUAAAAAUUUUGAAGAUGUUUAUUUAUAUUUACUAAGGGAUAUUGUAAGCUCUGAGCCCAGAGACUGAGAGCUAUAAAGCGUGCUUUGACUAUGCUCAGACUCCUUAGAGUGAAAACAAGACAGAUAUAAUGUCAGAUACAUAAAUCUGUCUCAUUUUAACUUUGCAGUUACGAGUAUAUCUAUAGAGCUUACGUUGACUUUGCUAAGUAAGUCUUAAGUUAAAAUAAGACAGAUUCAUGUCAGCGAUAUAACGCUGUCUGUCUUAAGUUUGAACAUAGUCAAAGUGCUCCCUAUAGAUUUCAACCUAAAUCUGAACAAAGUCAAAGCACGCUUUGCAGAUUUCAGCCUCAUUCUCUAUGAUAUUCCAACCGUAUUUUACUCCAGUUGCACUAUGUGAUCUCAAAAUUAUUGACAGCUCUGUUACAUUUACAGGCAUAUACGAUUUGAAUGUCAUAGGGAAUCAGAGGCCUGAUGCGGCCUUAUGAGGUACCCUAUUUUAGUCCGGCACUGAGCUUUAUCGAGUAUGUAAAAAGGUUUCCAUUAAGACUGUCCUGUUUUUAAGCCGAAACAAAGGAAGCUGAUUUUCACUUGAAAGUUCUAAAACGUCGAAUUGUAAAAAAAUAACCGAUUAAAUUUUAAAACGUAUUUUAUGAAAAUGCGAAAGAUUUUUAAUAAAAAAAUAUUUAUAUUUAGAAAUAACACGGCGUUAUACUCGUCCGAGUUAUUUAGCAAAUUUUUGCGCUGAUCGUUUUGUUAAGCUAUCGAAAAUAGGACAUUCUUGUGGAUACAGUUUAUGACUAAAGCAUACAAUAUACUUUUGGCAUCGGCGAUCAGCAAUUCGAUACAGCAUAACGUAUUGGCUACUUUUUUUAUGAACAAGGUAUCAAAACUACAUUCAGAAUCUCCCUAAAUCGCUGCGACUGACAUUCAAAGUGAGUCGUGAAACAUGCAAUCUCAACAUUACUAAGGCAUACAAUCUAUAGAACAUACUUUGACUUUGGUCAGACUUUAUAUAGGGCGCUUAGGAGGUAAUUACCUGAUGUGCAGGUGCAUACAUUUUGUUGGUAGCGCGACCUGGUUGCGCCACCACUGGUGUAAAAUGAACGGUUAUAAAAAAGAAAACUUAAAAUGUAGGUACAAAAAAAUCUUAGUAAGAUAGGGCACUUAGAGCUAAAACGAGACACAUUUAUAUUCAAACACAUAACUCUGUCUCGUUUCAACCUUAUCAUAAGUCUGAGCUAACCAAAGUACGCUCUAUAAAUCUCAGCCUAACAAUGAAAUGUUCUGUGCUGAGUUACAAAUCGCAGCGUGUUGCUUCCGAAAAACGAUCAAAUCGCUGAUUGUCGAGUCUGAAAAUAUCGUGUGGGCUUUGUCCUUAUACUUGUCGAACAAAGAUUCGUCACAAUGUUAUACAUCACGCUGUUAGAGCUACGAUACAUUAAUUUGGCGUCUUAUUGUGCACAUUCCUACGGUGCUAAUGAAGGAACUUUAUGAUGUGCUACAUUUGUUAAGAUAGAGACAUACUUUGAAACAAAUGUUUGCAUACGAGAUUUGUUCCGCAUCUUUCGAUUUAAUAUGUGUUAACCCUGAAUUACCGCAGGAACUCAGGGAUGACACAUAAGAGCUUUUCUGAGAAGUGAAAUAAUAUACAUACAAGAAUUACUCGUUUAAGGUACAUAGAAAAUGAGAACAUCAGUUUGAUCCUGUAAUUUGAAAACGUCCCUUGUUAGCUAAGUAAAAAGUAACAAACCUACUCAAAUUAUGGUUUUGACAUGAGACCAUAAAUUUUUCGAAUAAACGUGUUUCAUCGACUUAAUCGUCUCUUGCCACCUAUGAUUUAAGGUAGGUAAGUUGAAUUAUUUUAAAAAUCCUUU